AUGGCUCCAACCACCGCUCCCGAGUGGACGAUUGUGGACUUCAUCCACCGUGGUUAUUGGUGGACCAACAAAGGGAUUCUUGCUUUGAACCUCCUAUUGGUCAUCCCUCUGCUCUCUUCCACUGUCAACGGGUAUGAUUCUUCUCUGGUCAACGGCCUACAAAUCCUUCCCGGUUGGCAAACGAGCUUUGGUGACCCCAAGACCUCUUCGCUAGGUCUCAUCAGUGCGGCGCAGAUGAUUGGAGGCAUCAUCAGUCUGCCUAUGGCGCCGUACCUCUCUGAUUGGCUUGGUCGACGAAUCACCCUUUUCAUUGGCGCGACUAUCAUGCUCGGCGGCGUAGCGACGCAGGCGACCGCAGCUGAUGUUGCCCAGUUUGUUGGCGCUCGAUGUCUGAUCGGCUUUGGGCUUCAGAUCGAACUCAACGCUGCUCCACUUCUUGUACUCGAGCUGGCUUACCCCACUCAGCGCGGCAAGUUGUCUAGUUUGUACAACUCGAUCUGGUACCUCGGCAGCGUCAUAGCGGCAUGGGUCUGCUACGCCACGUACGCACGAGAGGAGAACUCGGUCUGGUCUUGGCGCAUCCCCACGAUACUUCAAGCCGCCGGUCCCAUCCUACAGAUGAUCCUCAUAUGGUUUGUUCCCGAAAGCCCACGUUGGCUCAUCUCCACCGGUCGGGACGGCGCGGCUGCUCGCGUACUUGCCCGCUUUCACGCCAACGGACAUGACGAGCGGGACCCUUUGAUCGUCUUCGAACUGGCGCAGAUCCGACACGCGUUGAAAAUGGAGAAGGAGCUCAGCAAGGGUUCAUCAUACCUCACUCUAUUCAGCACACCCGGCAACCGCAAACGAAUGCGCAUCAUAAUUGCUCUAGCACUCUUCUCGCAAUGGAGCGGUAAUGGUUUGGUGUCCUACUACAUCAACCUCGUGCUCGAGGGUGUCGGCAUCGUGGACACGAACACUAAAGCGGCAAUCAACGGUGGCUUGCAAGUCUUCAACCUCAUCUCAGCUCUCACUGGCGCGGCCCUCGUCGACAAACUGGGCCGUCGCACAAUAUUCAUCGCGUCGAACGCCGGCAUGCUCAUCACCUUCUCCGCAUGGACCCUCACCACCGCUCUUUUCAACACAAUCCACUCAGCGCAUGCUGCGAAAGAUGCGCUAUGCUCCGUAGUCGUGAACGAGAUGAUAUUACCGUUCAGCAUCCGCGCGAAAGGUUUCGCCUUCAUGAACAUUGUCAUAGCCUUCACGCUCUUCUUUAAUCAAUUUCUCAACCCGUUGGCUUUGGACGCAAUGGGAUGGAAAUACUAUCUGGUCUACUGUGGUUGGCUGUGCUUCGAGCUCAUAUUUGUCCUCAAGUACGUAAUUGAGACGAGGGGAAGAUCGUUGGAGGAGACGUCGGUGCUCUUCGACGGUGAAGAGAAGCCGGACGAGAUGCAGCAACUCGCAGGGAACGCCGCAACAAGUACCAUCGGGCACGGCAACGGUGGCGCCGUCGCACGAUAUUGGGCGACCCAGCCAACCGAGUUGGACGUCAACGACUUGUUCAGCACGGGCGACAUACAGGACGACAAAAGAUCGAGUGCCAUAAGCUCGUAUCACAGCCAUGAACUCAAGGAGUUCGCUGUCGCUGGCCCGAGCGGCGUGCGAAGCUUUAGUGCGGGACUGAAGAGCUUCGAGGGUACGGGCGUGGCUGUAUAG